UCUCCCCCAGAAGUUGUUAGAGAUUUCCCAAUUCCUUUGCUUCGAUAUCAUAUUACUUCCUUGUUUGUAAUUUCAACUGCCAAUGACAGCAACGCUCAUAUCUGCUUACAUAGCAACGUUCAUAAAUGAACAAAGCCAAACGAACAAUCCCGUAAUCGACGCCCGAAACGCCCGUUCAGAAUGGAUUAUGCUAAGAUGGCCAUUUUCAUUUUGCUAGCUUUCUCCUGCCUAAGUUAUACCGACGGCGGAUGUCUUCCACAGGAUUGUCAGGUGAGUUCUUGGACCUAUUGGAGCUCGUGCUAUGGUGAGCGAUGCGGUGGACGAGGAGUCCAAAGACGAACAAGAUGGAAAGACAUCGUCCCAAGCUGUGGAGGAUCAGAAUGUCCGACUUUGGAGGAAACACGGUCGUGUGGCAGUGAACUCACAAGCUGCCUCAACGGAGGGCGUUUGAAUGACGAUGGAACAUGCUCCUGUGCCAACGGCUAUUCUGGACAAUGCUGUGAAGUGAAACCUGACGGUAUAGUCAGAAAACGUUUUCUUUGCUUACACAGAAAUUUUAAAUCUAUUAAUCUCUAUUUCAAAUUCGUAUUCACUCUUUCUCAUUCAUUUGGAACUGAAACGAUAAAUACGUUCAUAGACUCUCGUAGUUCCCUCGAAAACUCAUACUCGAUUCCAGACCAAAAUGGGCGAAGUCUAUAUCCGUUUUCAGUCCGAAAUGGCGCAGAAACCCUACCCUUUGGGGCAGCACAUACCUAUAUGUAUAUGAUUUAUAGAAGAAAGUACCCCCCGUUGGGUUAUAUAACUUUCGAGGAUUCACUGAUCUCGUUUUAAUCCAUUUUCUCCCAGUUCCUACGGCUACAGAGAGCACUAUUCGCUAGGCGUUUCUUGCACAAGCAUCCUUGCCACAAUGCGGUCUCAAAAUUGUGAAUAAUAUUUGAAUCGAGAUUCUUAGUCUUUAUUUCAGACUAAAAGAAGCAAAACGAUUUGUUGGGGGUUCUAAUCAAGACCGAAGUUUUUACUAGUCGCGAAGCGUCGUGUACAAAGUUCUGUGCGCGUAUAAAGGUGGCUUAGGCGCCCACUCAGACUUACGCUUUGUCACGCGUUCUUGCCCACUGAAUCCUUUUUCUUUGUUUGCAAAUCACGUGCAAAUUAUUACCGCAGAGCCAAUCGGCGCCAAGACAUUGUUUAAUAAAAGGCAAUCAUAAGUAGAAAAUUAAUUAAGUGUUGACAGACCAAACACGACACAGAAGCCCGAGAUAAUGAUACCUGGACUUCGAGUUUUGCUCGAAUAAGAAUAUCGUUCAGAGAUUUUCAUUUUUACAUGGGAUGAAGCGGAGGGUUUUCGCAUAUGCCUCUUAAAGGUUAGAUUUUUAGCUGCCAUUUGCUCACAAAGGUGUUGUUAGGCAAUGGCAGACCCUACGAACAGAGUCUCCUUCGAUCUUCCUAGAUAAGUCGGGAAGAGGAGGGAGACUCUGCCUAUAUACAUCCUCGACUAUUCAUAUUGAGCAUGCUUCAAACAAACAAAGUUGAAAAAAAAACAAAGUUGACUUCAAAGAGUUUGUGAUUGGUGGAUUUCGAUCCGUUUUUUGUGUUUCAAGGUUCGUUGCUUGUAAGCAGGACCCGUCGUGGGUACUGCCAUGUAUGGACUAUAUAGGUAUGUGCCGCUGUGAAGGGUAUGGUUUUCAAGCAGUUUACUCUAGGAUAGGGUAUAUAAAUCAGAACGUUUGGGUCUAGAAUAGGGACGGUAUCAUUUUUUCAGGAAACUGAUCAGUUGGUUGAAGAUUUUAUCUAGACUAGGGAUUGUGGUAUAAGGUUUUGUUUUGGCUAGACUGUGCUAGUGACCUCAGAAGUUUCCGGAAAACAGCUGCUCUAGGAUAGGGGGAUUUGGGGAGUUUACUCUAGUAUAGGGUAGCAAAAUUCAGCUGAACUAGCUCUGGUAUAGGUUAAGUGUUCCAGGGUCCCAGCGGCACAUCCCCACCUAGAAAUUCCUAAAGUGCCCCCCACCGCUCCCCGGGAAGCAGGAUUUUAAAUCUCGGAGUUUGUGUCUUAAUAUUGAAAAGGGCAGUAAAAAUCUUGAAUUUUUAAUUCUUUGUUAUAAAUGUAGGAAAAUCAAGUAGCACUCGAAAAGUAAACCAGAAGUGACGAAUGCUUGUUGAAUACUAAAAGCAUCGAUUAUUUAAAUGUAGCUUAGAUUCUUUAGUCUCAUGAUCGUAUUUUAAAAUAAUGUUAUGAAUGAGCAAACACAAAAGAAUAGACAGAGAAAUUUUUUUAACAAAAUUUUAUUCAAAAACCCAUUAGUUUAUCCUUAAAACACUUCGCGUAAACUAGCACAUCGUGGAUCAGUUCACGCAAUCGGCUGAGCACAUGGUUAAAUCUAACUGGCAAAAUCCAUCUCAAAUCGGGGUGCAUUUUCUAAUUUUUCUGAAAAGGACUAGCGCUCCGCUGCAGUUUACUAAACGUUGAAUCGAUAAUCGAUAAUUUUCUUAAAAUCACUUCGUGAAAAUCGAAACGGCGGCGAAUUGUUUUGUUACAGAGCGUGGGCGCAGGGAAAGUCAGCAAUACUCCAGAAUAGGCGUGCGUGCACAGAUAAAACUGGUUUAUCCAGUAUGAAACUUGUCUGACUCAUCCAAAUCGCGGGAUGAUCGGCAAAUCGGAGGAAUUUGAAGAGUCGCUUCUUCUUUCCCGACUUAUCUAGGAAAGAUCGAAGCGACUCUGCUAGUAGGGUACAGCAGGGUGGUACGUGGGUUGUAAAGUCUUUAACGAAUUUUCGGAGAUAUAUCAACUAACUUCUGAGAUAGGUUCUCGAUUUGGAUUUCGGGUAGGAGUUUUGAAUUAGGAUUCGAGUUGGAUAUUUUGACCUCAACCUCUUCUUGUGCCUAAAGAAAUAACUAUUAAAGCAGAAGAUCACUGAAUUUCAUGCGCAGAGCAUCUAUCGCACUUGAAUUGUACACAGUAUGCGUUUAAUAGAGCUGAAGACAAUAAGGGACUGUUUACGUAGAAGGAGGAAGAUCCUAAAAAAAGCGCAAGGAAGAUCCUAGAAUGUGGAACAACUUUUCGUUGGUUUUACCGUAUGCCGGGACCGUAUGCAGAAAUUUCCGUCCGUGAUUACUCACUCAACAACUUGCCGCUAUUUUAGUCUGGUUUGUCCCUUGUAGUAGGAUCUCCCUAGCGAAAGCAGUUCACACGGUGUUCAAAUAGACUAAAUAGGAUCUUUCUAGUACUUGGAUCUUCCUUCCUCUAAGCUAUGAAGAUUCUAGUACUAGGAAGAUCCUAGCGCUAGGAACAAGUACAACUUUUUGCAUGUAAACCUACUACAGAAAACAUAUGGUGCUAGGAUGUUCCACCUCCUGGAAUAUCUGGAAUCUUCCCGGUGCUAGGAUCAGCUACCUCCCCUUAUGUAAACAGCCCCUAAUAACUCGUUGGGACGACUCCGGAACAGAUACCCGCGACUGCCAGGUAAAGGUUUAAUACAUAAUUAAAGAAAUGAUUUUUGGAAAAGUUACCACUUUUAAUCCUCGUAUUAAAAUGCCCGAGGCCUCUUGAUACAGAUUUGACUGUGAUUCGAAUCCUAACUCGAAAUUCAACUGGAAUCCUGACUCGAAAAUUCAUCUCGAAACUCCAUUCAAAAUCCAAGUCGAAAUCCUAACUCGGCAAAUAGUUAUAGCUUAGCUAGUUUGUUGUUUUCUUUUUUUUAAGUGCUAACGAAGUAACAUACUGGUUUCUUUUGUCAGGUGGUGGCAGCAGAGUUUCAGUUACUGUAAUUGUCGGUGGAGCUUCCGGUGGCUGCAUUGGAACCAUAAUCUUUUUUUGCAUUAUAUGCUAUUGCUGUUGUAAAUGAAAUGCAUUGCGUGCAAUAGUGACUCAUUCGGGUGAAUAGCUCCCAAACACAAUGAUCGUUGACCAUAGAUCAAGCAAACUUUAAUUAACAUCUUAACUUUAUAAGAUCUUAUGUAGAUUUUCAUGCGUGAUAAGUAAGGCCCUUGAUAUGACAAUGAAUUUUAUUCUCAUGCAAAUAUGACUAAUUUCCAUAACAAAGGUUUUGCACAUAGCCUCGUUCUAAAAGUAGGAACUUUUGGAAUUCGCGAACGGCCUUUUCGCUCCAAAAACUUGUCCCGCCUUAGAUUAGCCAUUUCUAUUUGCGGGCAUGUCAAACUUGUAACUGUUUCUGAAAAGCAAUAAUUAAUCACUGUGUGCUUGAAUGUGUGUACGUACAGGAGACGUUAACUUCAAAAGAUUGUUUUCCUCUGUAGAACUUAAGUCCUCAUCUUUGAAUACAGGAGCUAGUUUAACGGCGGCAACAUAAAUCUUAACUGUCAUGAGUAUUCAAUUUUUCUUCCCUUGGUGAUUAGCCUUUGCGAACCUUCCUCCAGGAACAUUUUUAGUUCGCAGUAUUUUUUAAAUAUUGCGCCUC